AGCACAUCUCGCCAAUAUAGGCAUCAAUCACUUGAUUAUUAUAUUACCUUCUUUUCCCCUCCUACCCUCCACGAUUUCUAAACUCCUUCAGAACUCGCCUUUUACGCUUUCUCUUUCAAAAAUUCCUGUAGGCCGACCUAACCUGGUCUGAAUCCGUUUUUCCACUCUAAAUCCAGAUCUCCCACCUUUCUCCUCUCCAACAUGACCGUCAUCGAAAUCGAAGUCGUUUUCGAUUUUGUCUGCGCAUGGUGCUACAUCGGCAAGCGCAAACUAGACAAAGCCAUCACACUAUUCCAAAAGGUCUAUCCAGGUGGAAGGUCCGAUGUCUUCUCCAUCAAAUGGCUUCCCUACUACCUCGAUUACAACCCACACCCAUACAGCGCGCCGAAGAGCGAACUAAUCGACGAGCGACUAAGCGACAUGACGUCGGAACAGCGGAUGACGCUUUUCAACCGCAUGAAUCAAAUUGGGCGCUCGGUCAACAUCUAUUUCAAAGGUGGGGGUAUGAUUGGGAGUACGCGCGAUGCACAUCGUCUUGUUUACUUGAGCCGGACUAAGUCUUCUGAGGUGCAGAAUGCACUGGUGGAGAAGAUCCUUGAGGCGUAUCAUGAGCUGGAGAAGGAUAUUUCUUCUAGAGAGGUACUGACCGAGCUGGCUGUGGAUGCUGGGCUUGAUUCUGGGGAGGUGCGCGCGUGGUUAGAUUCUGGGCUGGCAGCAGAUGUUGUGGAUGAGGAAGCGCGGAAGAAUAGAGAGGAAGAGGGCAAUUCUGGUGUGCCUCGGUAUGUCAUUCAAGGCGUCCAUCGAAUAGUUGGGACUGAAGAUUCGUCUGUGUUUAUGGAGAUUUUCGCAAAGAUCAAGGAGGGUGAAUUACAAACUUGAACAAGGACUAUAGAAUUCUAUCUCGACAUGCUAGGGGCCGAUUGAUACACUAUCUUGCAAAAACGGAGCCCGGGUCUUACACUCUUUCACUCUUUUUCAAACCCUAAUGCC